UAAUUAAAAUUUGACAAUAAGUAGUGGCCAAUUCUGCAAUUACAUUAUAAAUCAGGGUCAAAAGCAGGUGGUUAAACGUUUCCUGAACACUCUCUCUCUCUCUCUCCUGCUAUACCAACGCAGUCCUAUCUUCAUAACAAUCGAUGAGUCCUAUCUUCAUAACAAUCGAUAAAUUCAGAUAAUCUUCCUAUAAUUUUCCCCUGAAAAUCGGAGCUUUAUCACCUAUCUCCAUGAAUUUCACCUUCAAUUUUACCUUCUAGAUCCACAGAGCUUGUGUACCAUAUAGAGAGAUGGGUGGUAAUGGCAAGCUUCACAAGUGGAAAAUCUCUAUUUACAGAUCACCAUCACCAUCGUCUUCCAAGUCGAAGCACAAGCACAAGGAACCUCCCACAGAGUACGUCUGUCCCAUUUCUGGUUCCUUGAUGUUCGAUCCAGUCGUCGUCUCUUCAGGCCAAACCUUUGAGAGCAUGUGCGUACAAGUCUGCAGACACCUAGGUUUUGCUCCUCUACUUCCCGACGGCUCUAACCCCGAUUUCUCCACCGUCAUCCCCAAUUUGAAUCUCAAAUCGACGAUUCUCAACUGGUGUGACUCCUCCCGUACCGAACGCCCUCGGUUACCGGAUUACAGCUCCGUCGAGACCACGGUUCGUGCGUUAAUGGUUUCUGCGAGAGAGGACGACGAUGAUUCGAAAAUUAGGGUUUCCGAGAGGGAGUUGUUGAAGGGCGUCGCCGAGAAUCCACCUGUUUUGUUCUCGCACGCGGCGACUGAGUUGAAUCACCGAGCGAACCAUUUCUACUCGUCGAGUUCUGAGGAAUCGGUGAUCGCCAACGUUCAAUCGACUCCUCUGCUUCCAUUCACGACUCGGCCGAUGUGUUUCUCGCCAUCGUCGUCUACUUCGAAUUCAUCAGAGGUCGCUGCUGCUGAAACGCUAAACCCUAAUUCGAUCUCUGAGGACGAAGAGUUCGUUGUGAAGCUCAAGAGUCUGGACGUGUUUGAGCAAGAACAAGGUCUGAUAGCUCUGCGAAAGCUCACGAGGAUGAAGGAAGAAGCUAGGGUUUCGCUGUGUACGCCUCGAUUGCUCUCCGCCCUCCGACCAUUGCUGAUCUCGAGAUACGACGCCGUGCAGACCAACGCCACCGCCGCUCUCGUCAACCUCUCUCUCGAGAAAGCCAACAAGGUGAAGAUUGUACGUUCAGGAAUCGUCCUCCCGUUGAUCGACGUGUUGAAAGGCGGUUUCGCCGAGUCGCAGGAACACGCCGCCGGCGCGCUCUUCAGCUUGGCUGUGGAAGACGACAACAGGACAGCCAUCGGCGUGCUCGGCGCGCUGCAGCCGCUUCUGCACUCGCUGAGGUCAGAGAGCGAGCGGAGACGCCACGACUCGGCGCUGGCUCUGUACCACCUCUCGCUGGUUCAGAGCAACCGAGUCAAGCUCGUGAAACUCGGCGCCGUGUCGACUCUGCUCACGAUGGUGGUGACGAGGAUUGGUGACAUGGCGGGGCGUGUAAUGCUCGUGCUGUGCAAUUUAGCGGCGUGCGCCGAGGGGAGGUCGGCGAUGCUGGACGCCAACGCGGUGGAGAUCCUUGUGGGGAUGUUGAGGGGUGAGUCGGAAUCUGAGUCGACUCGGGAGAACUGUGUGGCCGCGUUGUACUCACUGAGUCAUGGUAGCUUUAGGUUUAAGGGGCUAGCGAAGGCAGCGAGGAUGGAGGAGGUGUUGCGGGAGGUGGAGAAGAGAGGGAGCGACCGGGCGAGGGAGAAGGCCAAGAAGAUGCUGUUGAUGUUGAGAGGGCGGGAUGAGGAGGAGGGAGCGGCAGAGGAGGUGGAUUGGGAGGCGCUGUUGGAGGGAGGAUCGAGUCGAACUCGGUACCGAGUUGGGAGUAGUAUGUGUGGUGCAAAUUCUACUGAGUUUUGAUUUUUUAAAAUUUUUUUGGGUAUUGUUUUGUCAUUUUGUGUAUAUAUGGGAGUGUAAAUUGUAAUUAGACAUGCUUUAUUUUUAGUUGUUAGCUUUUUUUUCUUUAAUUUUGGUGGUCCUUAGGGCUUAGGGUUAAUGUUAAUUAUUGUCAGCUAAGCAUGUUUUAAGACGAUAAUAAUAUUUGUGUAAACACACUACUGAUUUUUAUAAGAGACGUUUUUUCGAAGAGUGACUUGGACAUCU